UCAGGCGAUAACUAAUGAAGCCUCCAAGCUUUGGAAUUUUAUUCGUAACAGUAUUUUAUACAAAUAAUGUAUUAGCAUAUAAUUCAGACUACUCCGAAGAAAUACAAGAGGAUGAAAAUCCAAUCGCUCAAUUUGCUUAUGAAGUUGCUAACAUUGCUCAAUCAAGAAUAGAUCAAAUGGAUGAGAUGUUCAUAUCAGAGUCAAGCACGACCUUCAUCCCGCAAUUACUAAUAGCCGAGUCACAAGGUGUAAGUCGCUUGAAUUUGACGAGCUCAAUCCGCUGGAUGAUCGAGCGAUCGGAGAACAUCGGGGGAUUGGAUUACCACUUUGUUCGGGACCAAAUGUACUGGAGCGAUUUGUCGACCGGAAGUAUCUACUUUCGACCACUCAAUAACAAAUCCCUCAAGUCCUUCAAAAAGAGGACCUUCGUCGAGCGUAGCCCAUUAAUCUGGAAACCCCGGUCGAUCGCCGUUGAUUACAUCACGGAUCAGCUGUACGUCACUGACACUAUCGGCAACACCGUCCACGUCUUCGAUCUUAAUGACAGUCGAAAUAGUGUCACGUUCAAGCCUUUCCUUCACAAUCCCUUAAAUAUUGAGCUGGAUCCCAACCAAGGAUACAUGUUUAUAGCAGAUGAUACGAGGCUGAUGAGGGCGAGCAUGGACGGGACAUCGUCGAAAGCAAUAGUCGAACAAUCAGUGUACUUUAUAUCAGCGGUGACUCUCGAUCUUGACAUGCAGCGCGUCUAUUGGUCCGAUCAAUCGUUUAAUCAAAUAAAGAGUGCAAAUUAUGAUGGCACACAAAGACGGGUAGUCCUGAAGAAUGAACUAGGUAAGGUGUACAAUCUUCUGGGAAUGACAAGUAUUACCUUCUAUGACUCGCAGCUAUUCAUAUAUGACGAAACCUGGCACACCAUUGUCAGCAUCAAUGUAAGUGGGCCUGAGCAAAUUGCCAAUGAUAGUACCUACGUAGUUAUUUACGACUGGCUCAUCGUCAAGGCCAUACGCCUCGUUCAUCCGUCUAAGCAGAAACAUUUCGUUAAUCCCUGCGCCAAUGAACAAUGCAGCGCAAGGCAAAUGUGCUUUAUCAGUGCUAAGGAAGGUGCGAGUCAUUUCCUUGGGUUCACCUGUGCUUACCCCGAUGAGGAUGUGUCUGCAAGCUCUUCAACACACCAGUCUUAAGCUGCAUUAUGCCUGACGAAUGAUGCUGGA